AUGGAUAUAAAUAUUCACUAUGCCGUCUACAAAGUGGACAUAAAUUUCCAGAUGAAAAAAUGGGGAAAUGGCUAUAAGACCUGGUUGGGCAAUUACACAGUUGACUUUUGCAGCUUUUUGCGCAAGCCCAAUCAUCCAGUUAUAAAAAUAUUGUACAAUAUUUUCAGAGACUUCAGCACGCUCAAUCAUACGUGUCCUUAUGUGGGCACGCAACUAAUUAGGAAUUUAUUCUGGGACCCCAAAGACUUGGUGGUACCUUUACCUAGCGGCGAUUACAUGCUGCUUCUCACCUGGAUAUUUGACAAGAGGAAGCAGUUCGUAACAAAUAUCUACUUCACUUUCGCUCAGGAUAUAUUUAAGGAUUAA